AUGGGCGAGAUCGACGCCGUCUACAUAUAUGACGAGCACAACGCCCCCCUCGUCGAACAUGUAUACCGAUCCCGCCCGCCCUCCGCGGCCGCCAUCCUGCCCCUCUACCUCGCCCACGCCACCCCGCGCCCAUCCUUGCUUUAUAUUCCCAGUGCUUCACCUCCGGUGACCGUGUUCUCUACUGUCGAAUCAAACCUGUUAUUCCUGGCUCUGUCUGAAGUCGAUACCGAGCCACUGCUGGUGCUGGAGUUCCUCCAUCGCGUGGUCGAUGUGCUCGAGGACUUUCUCGGCUCCCCAUUGCUCUCGAGCAAGAUCCAGGCCAAUUACGAUGUGGUCGCGCAACUUCUCCACGAGAUGUGCGAUGCGGGUGUGGUGUCUAACACGGAGCCGAAUGCAUUACAAGAGGUCGUAGAGGUAUCUGGGUGGAUGGGGAAGCUACUUGGAGGAAUCGGCGUGCCGGGGUCAUCGACUCCGACUAUAGGGCCUGGUAAUCCCCUCAAACAAUCAUUAGCGGCGAGCGCGUCCCAGGGCCCCGCUAUUCCCUGGCGACGGUCCGGGGUCAGACACACAUCGAAUGAACUAUAUGUCGAUCUUGUUGAAUCUCUCUCCGUGACUAUGGCACCAUCUGGUCGACUACUUUCUGCAUUGGUAUCCGGAACAAUCGCCUUUACCGCAAAGAUAUCGGGCGUUCCCGAUUUGUUGCUUUCUCUAUCAGCACCGGGCGGCCAGCAGUCACUUGCCCGCAAAAUCGAAUUACCCGUAUUUCAUCCCUGUGUUCGGUUAGCCCGGUGGCGAGAACGGCCAGGUGAGCUUAGCUUUGUGCCGCCGGACGGACGGUUUAUUCUGGCUGGAUACGAAGUAGACCUCCUCCCGAUAGACCCUGGUCGGGAUGAGCCACCAAGCCAUAUGGAGAAGCUGUUUCUCCCAGCCAUUGUGGACAUUCGCAAGUCACUAGGACCGUCGGGCUCUGAUUUUGAGGUCCGACUGACCCUCAAUACAAACUUCCCCGGCCACAGUCCAUCCGCGCGGCCAGGAGCUGCGCCGAACGGAUCCGGCAAGUCGACGCCAUCGUUCCUCGGCGGAAGCGGGCAGCCUUCCGGGCCUAUACUCGAAGAAGUUGUCGUGAGCGUGCCCAUUUCGAAAUCCGUCCGGCACAUCACGGAUAUGCAAGCUAGCCGCGGAGACGCCCAGUUCUCAGCCAGCCGCGGCCUCCUCGAGUGGCGGGUCCCGACCAGCCGCGAUGCCGGCACGAUCUCGGGCACUGCGACGUUGCGUUGCACCGUUGCCGGGUAUCCUGACGAAGAUCUCGACGACAGCCCCGAAGAUGCCGACGAGGAUGCGAACGCCAACCUCCUGCUGGGCUACUACGAGGAGCCAACCUCAUACAACGACCCCUCCGCAAGCACCACCAAAACGCGCUCCGACCCAUCCAAGCGCAAGAAGAAGAAAAAGAAGACUUCCAAGAAAUCGUCCCGCUCUGCCGCUGCCGCUGCUCUCGAAAACAACGGCGAAGGCCCUCCUGCCUCCGUUGCCUCCGAAGGCCCCGUCGCAGCCACCAAGACCACUCCAUCCCCCGAACACUCCAAGCCCCAAACCCCGACUUUUUCCCAGCCCCAGGCUUCUUCUUUCUCUUCCUCUCAACUCCCCUCCUUCUUCGCACCGUCCUCUACAUCCCGCCCCACCCCACGCCGAAGCAAGGCCCAACUUAACGCAAGCCUCAUGCCCAACUCUGCCUCGGUCUCAUUCUCCGUGCAAGGCUGGCUCCCCUCGGGGAUCAAGGUCGACAGUCUCAACAUCGACACACGCCGCAGUCGCGGUCUUGGCGAGAAUGUCAAGCCCUACAAGGGGGUGAAGUAUUUGUGUGUGAGUAAGCGUGGCAUAGAGCGGCGUUGUUGA